ACCGCUGCUGCGACGAGAGAGGAGAGGAGCACACAGAGAUCUCUCGUUUCGUUUUCGUUUUCGUUUUUUUUUCCCGGAAAAUCUGGGAAAAAACAAAAAUUAAGCAAACCAUCGAUCCUCUGAGAGAAAAAGUUCGACUCUCUAGUCCACGAGUUUUUUUUUUAUUCCUUCACCUCUCUCUUCUCUUCAUCGUCGCUUCGUCAUUUCCUGUAUUAUUCACUUUUUCUCCCUUUUUUCUCAAAAUUUUGAAUCUCUCCUCCUCCUUGACCGUUUCGAUUUGUGUUGCCUUACUUGAUGAUGAAAUUUUGAUCAGAUCUAGUUUAGAAUAGGUAGGAUUAUUUCUUUCUUUCGCUUCGCUUCGCUGAGAGAUUAUGUUUAUGGAUCGAGAGAGACGGAGUUCUACUGGUCGUAAUGGGACUCCUGAAUACAGUAAUGGGAAAUUUCGCGAUGAUAAUGGUUACGGGUUCUUAGAUCGAUUGGAGAAUAAUAGCCGUGAGAAGAGUCCUUCUAGAUCGAAGAUCCUUCGGAUCCCUUCUCCGAACUCGUCUCCUCCACCUUCUAGCUCUUCACCGCCAUUUCAUGGCUCCAAUUCCCCUGACCGUGGAUACAUCGAGCACCGCGUCUCCAAGUUUGAUACUCUCGCCGGCAUUGCUAUUAAAUACGGUGUUGAGGUUGCAGAUGUGAAAAAGAUGAAUAACCUUGUUACUGAUCUUCAAAUGUUUGCACUCAAGUCCCUUCAGAUUCCCUUACCUGGGAGACAUCCUCCUUCUCCUUGUUUAUCUAAUGGCUCCUUAAAUCAUGGAGAGGGGUGUUCAUGCCACGAACCGGAAUCACCAAACCAUAGCAACGAGGAAGUUUUUGAUUCAUUUCAGUCUCUGAGAUUAAAAUCUUCGGAAAAGAAAGUUUCUCCAGCUAUGUACUCACUGCAAGGUUAUUACGGACUUAAACCAGCAGACAGAACAGUCUCUGAUGGAGGAUGCUUCGAGAUGGGAAGUUACAAGACCGAAAUUUCUCAUCAUCUCUUUGACAAAGAUGAUAAUCAAUAUCUCAGACCUUUCCCAUCCACAAAUACUCCCUUAAAUCACCAUAGGAAAUCCAGAAGCUUGGUCAAUGCACUUCUCGAAGAGGUUAACCAGUCACCCGAUAAUAAUUCUCAAGAAUCGAAUUCCGAUAAGUUUAGAAAAAGACGCCAAAAAUCUGAAGCCGACUUUUCAUCCCGGACUCCAGAACUUGUGUUGAAAGAAGAGAACAGCAGCAGCAGUGGCGGGUUUUUAUCAAUAGCCGGAAAGGGCUUAGCUUUGAGAUCAAAAGCUUCAAGCAGAACCAAUCUAGCAGAAUCUGAGAACGGUAAUUUCAAUCCGGUACCAAUCAACUUGAUGGAUGGGCCAGUUUCAGACAGCUUUUGCAGUGUAAGAAAAUCUUCGAGUGCAUCGAGUCUACAAGAUCCAGACGGUAACAGCAGCAGUAACGGUUCGUUGUCUCUGUGGCCAACUUCAAAAUGGAGCUUGAAACCUGAUUUGCUGACACCUGCGGUUAUUACAAGCUCGAUCUUUGAUGGAUUACCAAAGCCUUUAACAGGUCGGAGAAACAAAACGGCUCUGGACUAAAGGUCAGUUUAUCGUUAUGCAACUGCCUUAUUGUUUUUUGGGGACUAUACAAAUCAAUUGCAAAAGAAGCUAUUUUAGCUUAAUGCGGAGUAAAUACAAAGUAAAAAGAGAUUAGAGAAAAUUUGAAGGAAGGAAGGAAGAAAGAAAGAAAAACUUCCAAAAAUUGAAAUUUAUAAAGAAGGAAGAAGCUUCUGAUGAUGUAAUGAUUGGGUCUUUUUUUUUUUUUUGUAAGUUAUAAAAAUAUUCUGUACCAUUUCUGGGUGGGGUUGUAUCGACAAUAUCCGUAGCGUAGUUAAAAUCUUUUAUGAUACAUUGUGUCACACAUUACUAAAUUGUAUUUUUCAUGCAUUUAUUUAAUAAUGCUUUUAUUAAA